AUGGUUGUGUGUGGCUUACACAACCAUGUGUUGAAUAACGAGUUAGAAGGUCAACUAGUUGUGGGACGUUUGAAACCUGGAGAGAAGGAGGUACUUGCCGAAAUGACAAGAAAUCUUGUGUCGCCUAAAAAUAUUAUUUCCACAUCGAAAGAGAGAAAUCCAAACAAUGUGUCAAACAUAAAGCAAGUGUACACUGUACGUCAUAGAUUAAAACUUGCCGCUAGGGGGCCAAUUACAAGGAGUGAAAUGCAACAACUUUUGAAAUGUCUUAAGGAUAACAACUAUGUUUUCAAAGUUAGAACAGUUGGUGGGUCUAUAAUUAUUCAAGAUAUUUUCUUUUCACAUCCUAAAUCUGUCAACUUGUUCAAUAGUUUUCCUAAUGUUUUGCCGAUGUAUGCGACAUACAAAACCAACGGGUACAAUAUGCCGUUGUUUGAGAUAGUUGGUGUCAGGUCGACUGAGAAGACAUUUGGUGUUGGGUUUGCUUUUCUAAGUAAUGAAAAAGAGGACAAUUAUACUUGGCCCUAA